AUGCUCUUUACUUGGUGUCGUCUCAAACGAAAGCCAGGCGAUGCACUGCAACGACUGACAUCACGUUUUUUUUUUCGACUGCCUUCCUGCUCUCUCUCUCUCUCUCUCUCUCUUACUUUCCAGUAUUUUAAGAACACUCUCAUACUCACUGAUCUCUCUCACUCGCUAUCUCAUUUUAUAUCUAUCUAUCUAUCUACCUAUCUAUCUACCUAUCUAUCUGUCUCAGUUCUUAUCUAUUUUACUACAGGCAGUCUCACUCGUUACGCCUUUUGCUUCUAUCUCUCCCUCUGUCUGUCUGUCUCUCUCCCUCUCUCUCUCUCUCUCUCUCUCUCUCUCCCAUUACUGCCCAGAAUUAAAAUACAGGUAGAAUCCUCUCUCUCUCUUUUUCUCUCUCUCUCUCUCUCUCUCUUUCAAACACAUGCAUACGCCUACACACACCUACAUACACACGCUCAUCUUUCAUUCUCUGUAUUUUUCAAAUCGAUUUCUAACAAACUUCAAUCCAAUCCAAUCUCCUUCUUCUUCCCACUUUCCACCCUCACUAGCCUCUUUUCUCUCUCUCUCUCUCUCUCUCUCUUUCCACCUCCCUAA